GCCAUUCAUCACACAAGUAGUCGACGGUACCGCGUAUGACGUAGAAGAGAGGGAGCGAAACAGCGAAGCAAACCCAACACGGAGAAGCGAAGAGGACACUGGUUCACGUGAUUUGCACGUGCCGUUUAGGUCUAUAUAGUGACUGUAGCUGUUUCUUCUGCCACAGCCACCUUUUGCCCUUUGAGAGAGAGAGAGAGAGAGAGAGAGAGAGAGAGAGAGGUCAUGGCGGACAAGGGGACGGCCAACUGCAUCGACAUCCUUCUUGCCAUCAUCCUCCCUCCGCUGGGCGUCUUCCUCAAGUUCGGAUGCGAAGUACGUGUGCAUAUCCAUGGAGUUCUGGAUUUGCCUCCUGUUGACGUUGUUCGGAUACAUUCCAGGGAUCAUCUACGCUGUGUACGCCAUCACUAAGUAAAUUGGUCUCUCUGAGCUCAGGGAAUUGAUGCCCGAUAGUGGAUGUCACUCCUCACUGUUCUAUGGACGAUUCCUACCUGCUCUGUAUAAUUGUCAUGCACUUCUUCUUGUUGGGAGCUCUCUCUUAGCUCUCGAGUUGUCUUUGUCUCUGUAUCGUAGUAGUUGUUUGCUGUAUGUGUUCUGCUACCUGUAGAAGGACAUGCUCAUUCUUUUGGAUGAUGAUGUCUUCGGUACAGUUGUUUCAUAUCCUAUCUAUAGCAUGUUCAUCAGAAUAAAUUUAUGAUGAAAGGGCUUUGUGACUUUUCAUAAAAUCGUCCUCAAAUUUCAAUCUCAAAAUCAAACAUAAUAAAAUUACAAAUCUCAUCUCAUACAAGAAUUUAUCAUUAAUUGGAGAUAUGUGUGUGUCAGGAAAUCUAAAUGUAAGUUGCUCAUUCUUUUGGAUGAUGAUGUCUUCGGUAUAGUCAAUUCAUAUCCUAUCUAUAGCAACUUGUAUUUAGAUUUUCGGACACAUAGAUGAAUUGAAAGUAGAUUUAUCCUUUCUGAGAGCUUAGUCUACUUGAUUAUUAUAUCUUUAAUUAAUGAUAGAUUUUGAUGAUGGAAAAAUCAAGAUCUUAUUAAGGAAAGAAAGAUCUUUUAUUUUUCUUGUCCGAGAUAGAUUUGUGAUUUUAUUAUGUUUGAUUUUGAGAAUAGAAUUUGAGGACGACUUUAUGGAAAGAUAUAUAUUUCUCUUCGUCUUCCUCUAAUUGACCGGAAGUUUGUGAUUCUUAAGGAUUCUGUGUUUCGAGUCUGAUGAUACUGUGCUAUAUAAAGAUGGGCGAAGGAUUCUUGUUCCCGGCAGCUACGAUGGCGAGGAAGAAGCUGAAGCUUGCAUGGAUCGCCAACGAGUCCACGAGGAGGGCCACCUACAAGAAGAGGAAGAAGGGGUUGGUGAAGAAGGUGAGCGAGCUGGCGACGCUUUGCAACGUGAAGGUGUGCAUGGUGAUCUACGGGCCGCAGGAGGCGGAGCCGGAGGCGUGGCCAUCGGUGCCGGAGGCAGUUGGGGUGCUGACGCGGUUCAGGAGCAUGCCGGAGAUGGAGCAGCAGCGGAAGAUGAUGGACCAGGAGGGCCUCCUCCGACAGCGGGCCGCCAAGGUGCAGGAGCAGCUCCGCCGGCAGGAGCGCGACAACCGCGACCUGGAGGCCGCGUUGCUGAUGCACCAGGCGCUCGCGGGGCGGCGCCUGCACGACCUGGGGAUCGAGGACGCCACCGGCCUAGCGUGGGUGGUCGACCGGAAGCUGAAGGCGGUGCAGGAAAAGAUCAACCAGGAGAUGACGCAGCUGGCGCUGCUGUCGGCCGAGGCGUCGUCGGCCGGCGACAAGGAGCCGAAGAACCCCAUGGAGAUGGCCAUGGCGACGCUUCAGCGGCAGAAUUGGUUCCUCGAUCCCAUCCACUCCAACGCCAACGCAGUCUUUGGCGGUGGCGAAGAGAUCAUGCCCAUCUCUUACAAUGACCACAACGCCACCUGGCUCGAUCCUUACUUCCCCGUCAACUGACAACAAUGGUCGCCUCAUCGUCGGCAACUUUGCAUCCUUGUCUAAUUUAAUGCUUGUAUAUAAAUAAUAUUUAAUGCUUAUCUUUGCAUCUCUUUAUCUUGAUGAAAAACACUUGAACAGUCUUCAACUCAAUCUUUAUCUCAGAAUUCUUUUUGGUUUA